AGCUGAGCCCCCAGAUGGCUAAAGCCAUCCCUACCUCCUGGAAGGGCACAUCCAUCACCUUGCUAAGGUGCACACCUGUAUGGUGGCAGCUCUGAACAGAAGGGGGCAGCCUGGAGCCUUGGAAGGUGCCCACGAAGGUGGGGCCCACGCCCAGAUUUCUUCUGCAGACUGUUCUGAUGACUCAUCCCCACAUCCCGGCCCUUUUACCUUUAAGGAAGAGCCGGAAAGGGUGCGGGGUGAAGGGGCAGGCUGGCUGGGCCCCAGGUCCCGCCCCCUGCCCCUCCCCAUCCUUGCCCAGGCCAAGCCACCCAGCCAAAAGGCAGGUUGAAAGCAGGAGAGGCACAGAGUCCAGCCUUGGUCCCCAGGGAGCCAGAUAGUCCCACCACCCAUCUGUCUGUCCCCCAGAGCCAUGGAGAGAGCCCAUCUGAUCCAGAAGGCCAAGUUGGCCGAGCAGGCUGAGCGCUACGAGGACAUGGCAGGCUUCAUGAAGGGUGCCGUGGAAAAGGGCGAGGAGCUUUCCUGUGAGGAGCGAAACCUACUCUCAGUGGCCUACAAGAACGUCGUGGGCGGCCAGAGGGCUGCCUGGAGGGUCCUGUCUAGCAUUGAGCAGAAAAGCACCGAGGAAGGCUCAGAAGAGCAGGGCCCCGAAGUGCGUGAGUACCGGGAGAAGGUGGAGACGGAGCUCCGGGGUGUGUGCGACACCGUGCUGGGCCUGCUGGACACCCACCUCAUCAAGGAGGCCGGCGACGCCGAGAGCCGGGUCUUCUACCUGAAGAUGAAGGGAGACUACUACCGCUACCUGGCCGAGGUGGCCACCGGCGAUGACAAGAAACGCAUCAUCGACUCCGCCCGGUCGGCCUACCAGGAGGCCAUGGACAUCAGCAAGAAGGAGAUGCCGCCCACCAACCCCAUCCGCCUGGGCCUGGCCCUGAACUUUUCCGUCUUCCACUAUGAGAUUGCCAACAGCCCCGAGGAGGCCAUCACGCUGGCCAAGACCACUUUCGACGAAGCCAUGGCUGACCUGCACACCCUCAGCGAGGACUCCUACAAAGACAGCACCCUCAUCAUGCAGCUGCUGCGAGACAACCUGACGCUGUGGACAGCCGACAACGCCGGAGAAGAGGGCGUGGAGGUGCCCGAGGAGCCCCAGAGCUGAGCCUCACCCGCUGCCACCCUGUCCUGCCCUGCCCUGCCCUCUCGGUCCCCACCCCACGCCCUGCCAAGCGGACUAAUACCGGGUGGGAGGCCCCAUCCUGCUCCCCUCACUGUGGCUGUCCCAACUCAGAAAGGCUCCCUGGAGAAGGGGCCCGCAGAGCUAAGACUUCCCGGGGCUGUGAUGGGGUCUCGCCCUUCCUGCAGCCCCGUGGGGUGCUCCUAGCCACUGGCUGCCCCAUCCGCCCCUGCUCUCUGCACCCCUUUCCCUUCAGCCCACCCCUGAACCCACCCUUUUCCAGUCUCACCUCCCUCCUUCCCCUGCAGCCUCUGGCUCUUAGGAAGUGAGGAGCAGCCCACCCUGCGGCUGAGGCUGGAGAUGGGGUGCGCGUGUGACUGUGAGGGAGCAACCAGGGAAAGCGUGUCCGCUGGGUGGGACCGGCUCCGCUCAAUAAACUCCGUGACAUUCACUCCGCA